AUUUUUCGCACGUCCAGCAGUCAAAAAGCGAAACACACCACCCCAGAGCAGGCCAAAACAGCAGCGCAUUACUUUUCAUUUUUCGGCAAUCGUGAGCGGUGUUGCGUAUCGCGGAAUCGGCUACAAAAAGUCUGGCCAGAUUGAAAUGGAAUAUUACUGCUUUCGUGAUUUGGGAAAUCGUGUCGUGAAACAGGCCGUGAAAAGUUCGGAAAACUAAUCCAGCAACCACUUUUUGGCUGUGCGAAUAAAAGCAUUUUUCAUUUCGACGGGCGUGUGGAAAAUUACCGAUUGUGUGUUUAGUGGAAUACGUGGAGCGAAAGCCAGCAGUGCCAAGGGAAAAAUAGUGUAUUGAUCAAAAGCACAAAGGGCAACAACGUAGUGCAGCGGGAGUCGAAUUGGAUGAAAAUAGGGACCGAUCCGGAAGCUGAAGUAGAUUCGAGAUGAGUGCAUUUCUCCGAGUUCCCAAGGUGGUUCUUGGUUUGGGACAGCACUAUCGCUGUGUCGAUUCGAAUGUGCGAAAUCGUUUCGUGAGCUACCAUACAAAUCGGACAGGAUUGUAUCAGCAAUACUAUGGAUCGAUUCCUACGAGCAGUAGUAGGAGUGUCGCUGUGAUAGCAAUUUCGCCGACAAACAAAACCUUACUGGAUGCACUAGGUUAUAGUUUUAGUAAUAAUGGUGCUAUUAGAUGUAUAUCGACAAGUGUGGUGCACUACGACCAGCCGUCGUCCAAAGUAGAAGUUACAGUACAAAAAAUCAAACAGUCGCAAAAGAAGCAAGAACAACAGUCUGAAGCUGUUGCUACUAGUUCCUCCCAGACUGUAUCAGCAGCUGCAACAGCAAGUGGAGCAACUGCUAGUACAAGCACAACUGCACCUUCUCCACAAAAUCAGGUGGUUGCUACUGCUCCAGUCAAAAAAACCCUUAAACAACGGAUAUGGGCUGAAGUGUUGCACUACUAUCAUGGCUUUCGGUUACUGUUUAUUGAUAUAAACGUAAGCCGUAAGCUUCUGUGGCGAGUACUUAACGGUAAAACGCUGACUCGACGAGAACAUCGAUUGUUGGUGCGGACGACUUCAGAUUUGUUCCGACUGGUGCCAUUUUCGGUAUUCAUCAUCGUACCUUUCAUGGAGCUUUUACUUCCUUUGGCUAUAAAGUUUUUCCCAGGGAUGCUGCCAUCAACGUUUCAAACUGCUACUGAGCGAGAGGAUAAAAUCAAGCAGAAUCUUAAAGUGAAACUGGAGAUGGCAAAAUUCUUGCAAAAAACUUUGGAUGAUAUGUCCGUACAAAGCACAGAACAUCGUUCACAGGCGGCUAAAGAUUUUAGCGAAUUUUUCGCAAAGGUGCGCAAUUCCUCAGAGUUCACGGUAACCAACGAGGACAUCAUCAAAUAUUCCAAACUUUUUGAGGAUGAAAUUACUCUUGAUUCUUUGUCGAGACCUCAACUACAGGCACUGUGCCGAGUAUUGGAAAUGUCUCCAAUAGGUACCUCGAAUUUGCUUCGCUUCCAGUUACGGUUGAAAUUACGUAGCUUGGCUGCUGAUGAUCGAACGAUUCAAAAAGAAGGCAUAGAAUCAUUGAAUCUUUCUGAACUGCAAGCAGCUUGUCGGGCUCGUGGCAUGCGAGCUUACGGUACAACAGAAGAACGGCUUCAAUCACAGCUCCGGGAAUGGAUAAACCUCAGUUUGAACGAAAAAGUGCCACCUUCACUGCUGUUACUUUCGAGGGCACUAAUGAUACCGGAUAAUGUCACUACAAGCGACAAACUUAAAGCAACAAUUUCUGUUCUUCCCGACUCUGUUGCAACUGUUACGAAGGCUGCCAUCGGUGAACGGGAAGGUAAAAUCGACAAUAAAACUAAAAUCGAAGUCAUCAAAGAAGAACAACGAAAGAUCAAAGAAGAACGCGAAGAAGAAAAAGAAAAGCAAAAGGAAAUUGCUGAAACUUUGGUGGAUAAGGCUCCAACUGUCACCGAUGAGAAAGUUAUUCAUCUUGCAGAACCCACAGUACAAGUUAAGCCUGCCGUGGAACCUCCAGUGGUAAUAACUGCGGAAGAAAUCUCCAGCAAAGAUUUGGAGGCGUUGGGAGAUGCAUUAGGUUCACUCAGUAAGGAUAAAAAGAAGUUGCUAGUGGAGAAAGAGGAAAUCAAGGAUUUGAAGGAAGAAAUUGCUGAUUAUCAAGAAGAUGUACAAGAACUUCAAGAGGUAAUCACAACUGUGCCUGAAGAGAUCAAGGUGAAGGAAUCGCGAGCGGCCAAAAUGUUAUUCAAAAAGGUCAACUCUAUGAUCAACAAGAUGGACACAGUUUUGUCAGAUUUGGAGAAGAAGGAAAAACGGUUGAAGGAACAAGUAAGCGCCGUAGAUGCAGGUAAACCUGAUGUCGAUGUGCCAGCAAGUAUUGCUGCUGAGGAACUAGUCAGAAUCGACGAGUUGAUGUCAGCAAUAAAGAAGAUUCAACAAGUACCAGAUGAUUCUAGGCUGGACCAGAUAGCGAAAAUUCUUGGCAAAAUUGAUGACGACCACGAUGGUCAAAUCAAGGUGGAAGACGUUUUGAAGGUUAUCGAAAUAAUUGGUCAAGAAAAUGUACAGUUGAACUCCAAACAGCUAGACGAAUUAAUUGACUUGUUGGACAAAGAGGAAGUCCUGGAAGCAGAGGAUAAGAUCGAGAAAGCUCUCAGCAAGAGCUUGGAAGCCAAGGAGAAACAAAAGGAGCAGGAAAGCAAAGAGAAGGAGAAGCUUCUUGAGCUGCAGGACAAAGCCACUGAUUUGGCUUUGGCGGAUAGUCAGUUGAAAAACAAAAGUGAAAAGAAGCUGGACGAAUCUGUUCUCGAGGGUUAUAUUCUUCAAAAAGCGGCUGAAAGGAAAGAACAAACGGUCUCUGGUACAGACACACCCAGUGAUGCGGGCUCAAAGUCACAUAUUUCGGGUACUCCCAAUAUUCCACCCAGCAUAGUUCCACCACCUGCAUCAUCGGAUCUUUCAAAGUCUCCUCAGGAUAAGAGAAUAUGAGACUCUCAGGUAGACAAUGAGGGUUCUAAUUCACCAGCGAUGCAAAAAUAGAAUCCAAAAUUUGCCUAAAACGAACGACUUUAGAAUAAGGCAACUAACUUUUGGCGAGUCAUUGGUUGCAGAUGUACAGUGAAAAAAUAACAUUAGGCAAAAAUGCCAGAAUCCAAAGUACAGUAAAUAAGUAGUUUUAUCUACUUCUACCAGCAUCCAAGUGAUUGUAUAGCUUAUUUAUAAAAACAUAUAUAUAUAAAUAAAU